AUCCUAGCUGCCAUCUCUCCCCGCAUCCUACCUUACCCCCCUCUUCCCUCCCCCAAGAAGUAAGGGACUGGAAGACAACAGAGAGCUAUGGAAGGGCAAGCAGUAAGAGGGAAAAGACAGGAGAAGGUAGACAACCCUGUGCAGCUUGAGUAUUAGUGAGAGUAUUAGUACAAAGCCAGGGGACCAGCUGCAGCCUCAUGGGAUUGUCCUGAAAAGAUAACAGCAGCUGUAGGAGCACACAAGGGGGAAAAUGAUCAAUCAAUGAUCUGCGCUAACUCUGAAGAGCUAUCCUGCAGCCUGCGUUUUGCAGCAUUUCUUGACAGCUUCUAAGGGAAAGUUUCUUUUCCAUAUUAAGGAGAGCCGGGGACACUUUCCUAGCGUUCACCAAUUUCAAGAUGCAAUGAGAAGGGAAGAGGAAAGCCCUUUUCCAUCCACACUGUGUCACAAGUGCACAAGCCACUGAAAACGACUUUCUUCUAGCAGAAGAUCAGAAAAGGUGAUGAGAACUUGUGAAAACGACUGCAAAAAUGCACAAACCCACCCCAGACCUGCUAUUUGGUAGGCAGCUGGAAACCUCCAGAAGCACAUCUGAACUUUGUGAAGAGGACUUCUGACCUUUCAACUUUGCCACGUGCUAAAGGAAAUAAUCUGAUCUUGUGUAGGUAAUUCGGUUCAUGUGGUUUUCUUGGAGCUCUCCAAGUGAAGUCUGAGCUGUUUUGGCCGCAGCAGGGCAGCUUUGGAAACUACAGGAAAGAUGAACACAGAGGAUGUUGGGAAUGAGACCUCUCCAACACCUAGUAUCCUUGGAUUCCUUGUAACCACCACCAAGUUGGUCCCACUAAGUCCCGUGCCCCCAGGGGAGAAGCCAGACCCUUUGCCUAUUAUCAUCGCACUCAUCUGCAUCUUUCUCCUCCUGGCUACCUGUCUUAUCUUUGUCACUCUCUGCAAACCAGCAGCACUCGACCAGGCCCGCUAUGGGCCACAUGAGUGCAUGCCCUACCACCCAGAGGAUGCCAGUGAACCACAGCUAAGGUUCUGGAAGCGACUGGGCUCCCUAAGGCGUUCCAUAAACAGCUUCAGGCGGACCCAGCCUGUCUCUCAGCACCAUCGGACCUGCUCAAGAAUGCCACCAGCCACCCAGGACUGGGACUUCAUGGAGUCCACUAAAAUGUGACAGCUGUUUCUCCACCAUUCUGCUGCAAACACCAACUCAUCUCAUUGCACAAACACCCCAUUCACUGCUAUCAAUGAGAUCUCAAAUCGUCCAAUACCACUUUGCAGAGCACAGAGUCAGGGCAGAGACCUUGGGAGAGCAGAGUGGCAGCAAUUCUCGUACCUACGGAAAUCUCUCAAGGAGUCCCACAGCCCACAAUGUGGGAGCAUGAAGUUUGUAAAGACCAGCUGAUGGAACCAGAUUACACCAAUGUGGUACUGUUUCUUGGGACCCUACAAUCUGGAACUAACCAGCAGUGAGUGACAUAAGACCAGCAACAUCUGCUGGGGAAAGCAUUUGACAGAAGGCAUCACUAAUUCUAAGGCUCCUUGCAAAGUGUCUCCCUGGGGUUAAGGUGUCUAUUUCUCCAAGUUUUGGUAGUUUGAAGUUUUUCCUCCAUCUCCUUUACUGUAAAGACCCAGGGGUGCACAUGCUGAUGUUAAAAUAUCUGCCCUCUGUUCAUUAACAGAAGCAUUAGGGUAUGUCUACAUGUAAACCACAACAGUGGCACAGCUGCAUCUCUGCAGUUGCAUUCCUAUAAGGCUUCAGUGAAGACACUACAUACAACAACAGGAGGGGUUCUCCCAUUGGCAUAGGUACUAUGCCUCCCAGAGUGGCAGUAGCUAGGUCGAUGGGAGAAUUCUCCCAUUGACCCAGUGCUGUCUAGAGUCAGGGUGGGUAUAUCGGCUUAUAUAUCGGCUUAACUGUGUCACUCGGGGGUAUGGAUUUUUCACACCCCUGAGCAACAUAGUUAUAAUGACCUAAUUUCCUAGUGCAGACCAGGCCUUAGCCAUUACAGCUCUUAGUUCAUGGAGAAUAGACGCUCUCAAAGGUUUUGCCAAAGUCAGAUAAAGACCCCAAACACAACUGUUUUACUUAUGAAGAAGCACAUGGUCCCUGUAAGUCAGGUGUGGGACUGUGGCUAAGUGGCCCUGUUCAGUUCACUGUAUAUACCCUGAGCCAGUACAGGUGGAGGGAAGCAGACCCAGUGCAAGGCACUGUGUUGAAUUUGCAAGGAGGUGAUGGGAGGAAGUGCCUUGCAGGUGUUGCAUUCAGACCAGAUCUCCCUUCAAAUAUUCAGCAAUAGCUGAUUCAGCACUUGGGCUGCCACCAUUUUAAAGUUUGUUCUCUGGGACAAACAGGUCAUGGCCUGAUGCUGAGCCACCGUGUCACAUCCCCCCACCCAUGCCACCCCACAAUGCUGUGAUACAUCACUGCCACCUUGCGUAAAAACAUAACAUGCUGACAUUGUGUCAGUCUGGAUGUUUUCUAGGAACCAAUAAUGUCCUUCAAUCCUCACUUGCAACACAUGUGCCAUUUUAAAACAAGGACAUACAAGCUGGGCUCCAAAUGGUGCUGUUUGAGCACACUUUGUGGUGGAGGGCCCCUGCGCCUUGUGAGGGAGAAGACAAAGAAGGGAAAAAACUAGUGAGGAUACUGGAUCCCUCUCUAGGUCACAGAGAAUAGGGAGUUCAUUAACCCCUCUCCUCCCCCCAUAUUCACCAAAUUCAAACAUUUUCUUGAGGGCUCACUUAUUUGCAUCAUCUGCAUUAAGCACUAGCCUUUAAUACUAGUAAGGAAAGUGAAAUAAAUGCUAUUCUAAGCAUUUCUGCUGGAAGCCUUGAGAAUUUCUAACACAGGUGUCCCUGGGAUCUUUUGUCUUUUAACCACUAACGAUGCCCCUUUCUGGGACACACUGUGAAAUGGAGCUUGAGGAUGGGUGGAAGAGGAUGUGAAAUGGUGUUACUUCAGUUUUAAUAUGUGUCUUGAAUAUUGCAAUUAAAAUAUUCAGGGUUGCUGUUUUCUGGUCUGAAAGGGGUAGGUCCAAAUGACACCCAUGGGAAGAUUUCACAGAUAGCUUAGAAUAUCAGGGUUAGAAGGGAACUCAGGAGGUCAUGUAGUCCAACCCGCUGCUCAAAGCAGGACCAAUCCCCAAUUUUUGCCUCAGAUCCCUAAAUGGCCCCCUCAAGGAUUGAACUCACAACCGUGAGUUUAGCGGGCCAAUGGUCAAACCACUGAGCUAUCCCUCCCCAGUUAGAAGGUGCUGCUUGGUUUCUUUUGAAGAAUGUUGGGUAAGUCAUGUAACAUCUGUAUCAAAUGACUUGGGCAAGAGAGCAACAAUCUCACUGGCUAACAAACACUGCGUCUAAGAUGAGUGACCCAGGGUAAAUCUAUUACAGAAGUGUAUUUCCUGAAUUGACGUGUAGUCCUUUUAAGCAGAUGUAUUCCUUUAUGUUUUCUAUUGUAUUUUACAUUUUUGUGUCCUUACAAGCUUAUUCUUUUAGCUGGUUUAUUCUGGAACUGGGGCCUCAUUAUAAUUCUGUAAUGGUUUGGAGUUUGUGCAUGGAAAAUGUCUUCUCUCAGCUGGCCUAUUCCUAAGCAGGUGUGUGCUAAAUAAGCUCCACUGUACUCACUCUCUGUUCACCAUGUAAAGUCUAUGUACUCAUCCUCGUGACACAAUCUGUAGGUUGUUAUACGUUUAUAUGUAAUCAUGGACUCCACAAAUGUCUACUGAAAAACCACUUCAAUAAAUAAGCAGCAGGUUCAGGUAAA